GCAGUUUCCCCCGAAACUUACGCCCGUGCAGAUUUAUGGCCGGAAAAUCAUAGUACGGAAAAUUCGAUUUCUCAACCUUUUCCUGUGUGUGUGUGUGAAGAUUUUUAACUUUUCAGCUUGGUUAAACGGUGAAGAAAAAAAACGAAAACAACAACACAAGCGCGCGCCCGCCUCUCUUUUCGCGUUUUUGUGCGUGUGUGCGUGAGAGUGAGUGUGAUAAUUAUGGCAUAAGUGCAUAAAAAUUAUGAUAGCAGAAUUCCCACGGCCGACGACGAAUGUGAAUUGUGACAAGCGGAAAAGCGGGGAGAGCAAGGAGGCGGAAAAUUCGCCGAACGAGAGCAAAGGCGUGAAAUCGAUCAGCUGUGACGUCGGCAGAGGCAGAAAGUUUGGCCAAAAGAAAAGGUCAAAGCAGCAACAACAAAAGGGUGGCGAAGAAGAGGAGGGAGAGCAGAGGGAAGAGGACCAGCGACAACAACAACAACAAGUAAGAGAGAAUAAGAACCUCUGUCAAAAGCAAGGGGUAAAAGAUAAGAAGAAGAAGCAGCCAGGUGAGAAGGAUAAGAAGAAGCAGCAGCAGCAGCAGCUAAGGGAAAACAAGAAGAAGAAGCAGCAGCCGCCCCCCGUACACAGCAAAAAAAGCCUUGUCUUAUUUUUAGAUCAUUUACGCCAGCGUCCCGCCACCGAAAUUGUCGCCGUCGCCUCAGCCGACCGCUGUGACGUCAGAGGAGCAGGCUGCAAUCACGCUAACAGUAAAUACGCCGCUAAUUACGGCACUUCGAGCCAUUUCGAGCAUAAAACCGAAAUUUAUGCUCUAUAUCGUCACCUGGAGAUCGGUGGCCCGCUCAAACAAGUGCAACAGCAACAGCAGCUGAAAGUCGGCCCAAUCCAAAUCCGGCUGCGCUUCGAGAUGCUCUUCGCCGAGCCACCGCCCCCGCCCUCCCAGGGCCACGCCCCCACCGCCCACGGCCACGCCCACACGGCCCACGACAACGCAAUGCCGGAUGCGCCACCUAGCGGCGAGCCGGUGAUCCCGUUGCUGCAGGAUCAGCAAAACGGCGAACUUAUUGCAGGCACUACCGCUAACAACGUUGAGCUAAUGGAGGCCAUUAAGAAGUUGGAUGCCGAUCUGGUGGCCCUUUUUGCCACAGCUGCCUCCGCCGAGCAGCUAAAGAUGAAGCAACAGCAGCAGGUCCUGUGGUCCGAAUCGGAGUCGGAGCAGAUCGCGCAGGAUUCGGAGGAUGAGCUGGUCAUCACGCCGGAGUUGUUCCGCAGCUGCAACGCCUUGCAGCUCCAUUUGGAGGCGCUGACUCUGCAGCCGGAGGGUACCCAACGCAUGGAACUGGUUCAAAACGAAGUGCGACCCAUUUUCACCGUGGAGUGCCAACUGUCCGGGGAUUUGAUACAGAAGGUGCCCCGCUAUCCCAUGUUCCACAUCAUGCAAUUCGAGUCGGAGAAGUUCCAGAGCCUGACGCAGUGCACCCGCUUCGGGCAGACGGCUCAGCGGCAGGUGGACAUGGAGGAUAAGAGCCUGGAGGAUGAGGAUCAGAGCGCUGGCCAUGUGGACAUCACCGUUUGGUGGCGCGAACCCGGCACCUGUCUGAACGAAAUGCUCGGCAUGGGCCGUCUGGAACUCCGGGAGCUCUACAGGGCAUCCCUGCUCGAGCAGUGCAAGUGCAUUGCCAUCAGGCGUCGCGAUGUCCAUCUGGGCAGCGUCUAUUUGAAGAUCAGUCUGCUGCAGAACCUAAAUGGUAACCCCGAGCAGCAGCAGCAGCAGCAGCAAAAGGAGCAGCCGGGUCAAAAGAACGAAAGUGGAAACAAGGCCGCAGUUAAUUGCAAUUCGAAGGCCGUUUUAACGCCCCCUCAGCCGCCGCCCCCGCCACCUCCUCCUCCCCAAGCCAACAACAACAACAGGGCCAUAUUGGAGUGUGUCAAUUUCAUGGCGGAGACCAAUAAAGUCCGUCUCCUCAGGGGCUAUCUGUAUGCCGGGGAGCUGCGUCAAUUGACGGCGGAGAGCAAGAUGGCCUGUCAGGAGCUGUCGCUGCAGCCCUUCUGGCAGUCGCAGCCGCUGCUGGCCAAGAUCGGCGAUGGAGGAUCGUUCGAGCUGCAGGAGCAGUUCGCCAUCAUCAACGACGAGCGCUUCCUGCAGAGCGUCGAGCGGCAGCAGCUGGUCCUGGAAGUGCGUCCCCUGGGCGGAGUGGUCCGGCUGCCACUGCACCAGUUCUUCAUCGCCUACCGAGAUGCCAGCAUCACCAACCACCUGUGCAAGGGAAAGCUACCAGUGAUUUCCAUCGACGGCUGGGCCCCCAUAGUCGCUGCUGAUACCCAGUCGCCAUUGGGGGAACUAAAGGUGCUCCUGGCCAUCGGGAGUGAGUCGCAGAUUGCUCAACUGAAGCAGCAACGCGGCUUCGACCAGGACAACAACCAAGUGCCGACUCCAAGUAGCACCACCGAUUUGCUAGACAUGCUCCAGAAUGCCAUCGCAGCUCCAACGCCGAGUAUUCCAACACCAGUGAUGCCGCCGCCACCGGCUCCUCCGGCGCCCAGUAACUUUAGCUUUCAGCUGCGCAUCGUGGGAGCUGCUGGGCUGCCCCUGAAUCCCGGCUAUGGAAAAUCGAAGAAGCAAGUCAAACGUCAGUCGGCCGCCAAGCGAUUCCCGCCCAAUGAACCCCCCAACACCUAUGUGACCUUCCAGGCCAUCAAUUGCAAUAGUCAGACGUACAAGUCACACGAGGGAUUGGUCUAUGCCACGCCCGUUGUGGCCAGGUCCACCAAGCCCCAGUGGAUGAGCAAGUUUCGAGUGGACGUGAGCCGCGAUUACCGCAACAAUCCCCAGAAGCUCUUCAUCCUAAAGCUAUGGAAGAAGGCAAUUGUUAGCCCCAACGGCAUCACUGAACCGUCACCCCACGAGGAUGCUAUUAUAGGUUUCGCGGCCCUGAAUCUCAACCAGAAACAACCGGGCGGAGGCUUUCCCAGCGGAUGGCACAACAUAGUGGACUUCAAUGGUCGCGUGACUGGAGGCAUUGAGGCGCAUGUGGAGCCCAUACCGCCCAGUGUGGAUACCGUGAUCGAUCAGUUCGAAAAGUCCAUGGAACUGGGCCACCUGCAGUUGGGUCAGGCCAUCAAGCGGAAGUACACGGAGCUGGAGGAGAUCUCUCAGAGAUUGCGAUCUCGUUUGGUGGACGUGACGGGAGAAACGCUAAAGUUUCCCGAGUUCGAUGUGGACAGUGCAUUGGAUAGUUGGCAGCAGGAUGGCGAUGACGAUGACUUGGCGGAGGACUUUGAACGGGCUCUGCGCACGCCCACGCCCCCUGACUCACCGACGCCCUCCACCAGCAGCGCCGCACAAAAUCUCAAAAAUUCAAACGGCCGGGAAUAGCCCUGGGCCAAAUGUCAGUUAAGCGUGUUUUUUCCUCUCUCCGCAUCUCGAUGUCGUCUCUGAUAUUGGCUCAAACGGUAGCUAUAGUUAGCCAUCUAGUUAUAGACAUAUAUAUAUAAUACACGGAUCUUAAUCUGAUAUUAUGCUGUACUUAAAUUGGCAUCCCAAUUUUGCCUCGAUUCACCGUCUUAUGGCUGUCUAUAUAGCAUAAAAUCAAAGCUAACAACGAUCACCCAGCGAUCGUUCCAUUGAGUUGAAAAUUGUCGAUUAAAUAUUGUUUUAAGUCACGAGAGGAUUUCCCCUGCAACCACACGGAAUAUGUAUUAGUUUCGGAACUGUGUUAAUCACCUAAGUAUUUAGACACUAUUACUUAAUAAACAUUUAAAUAAAAAGGCUAAAGAAAAUUUAA